UGGAUCGUCCAAAACACAUGACACUCCUGCAUCCACACGAACACAUCAAGACAAGCUAGCAGCUUAGCUGAUCCAGCAAAACCCAAGAUAAUGGCCGGGAGCAGGAAGGGCGCCGCGCUGCUGGUGGUGGCGAUGAUGAUAUUGGCGUUGCUGGCGCUGGUGGCGUCGCCGGCGGCGGGGCUGAAGGUGUGCAACGUGGACAGGGACAGCGUGGUCAAGUGCUGCCGGCCGUACUGCGCGGUGGGGAGCACGGAGGAGAAGCCCAGUGAGCCGUGCUGCGCGGCGGUGCGGGGCGCCAACUUCAAGUGCCUCUGCCGCUACAAGGACUUGCUCUCCGCCGACAUCGACGGCGACCGCGCCGUCCAGAUCCCGUCCCAGUGCGGCAUCCCCGGGGCGCCAACCUCCUGCUCUUAAAUUAAAGCUUCACAGUUGCUGAAUUAGCUGGCAUGCGUGGGUUUGAGAUUGUUGGUAAUUAAUUAAGCUAGCCCGGCCGGCUGAAUAAAAAGAUCUGGUCUUUUGCUGUUCCUUCAGGUACCACCGGCUGGUUCUAGUGCGUUCAGCUGGCUGCAUGCUGAUCGUGCAUUAUUCAUAUAUCAUGUGCAUGCCUUGUGUAGUUUGUGUGUGCCUAUGUGGGCUAUGUAUGGUCUUGAUUUAUUGUACUGUGUGUUGGUGUGUUCGUCUGCUUCGACUUUGUUGCAGUAGCAAAACAUGCGUGGUAUUUUCGUUACGGUUUGUUAA